UUUGAUUGGUUGACCUUACGUCACGUUACAUAAUGUCAACAUGAUAUAACCUAUAAAAUUUUAAGGGCAAUGCGUCCCAAUUUAAGGCAUUUUUUCAAAGCAUUUGAAUUCAAAAAUAUAAAAAACACUGCCAUUAAAGCAUUUUCGAGAAGGUAUCUUUUUUACACCAAUGUAUUCAUAUCCUACACAUUAUCUGGAGCUGGAGACAUCGUGGAGCAACAAUAUGAAAUUACGAAAGGCACAUCGGACAAUUUUGAUUUGACGAGGACUAAAAAUAUGUCGAUCUCUGGCGGAUCUGCUGGAGCUUUGACUCACUUUUGUUGGGCUCUUGGAACGAAAAACGGGUAAAGAGAUUAUUAAUGAAAUUAGAAGUAAAUCUGUUACAUUGUAUAUUGCUGAAUGGAUUGUUUGGCCACCAGCUCAGUUUAUAAAUUUUUAUUUAAUCCCUGGUCGAUUCAGAAUA